AUGAGUGAGUCAGAUCUAAGCAGCAACAACGUCAUGACCGUCAUUACUGUAGGUGCCGCUGGCAAGGUCGGGGAUGGUGUCAAUUCAUACUACGUAUAUAAAGUCACGUCAGCCGAAGACAUGGUAGUCGAGCGACGUUACUCGGACUUUCUGUGGCUGCACUACCAACUGUCCAAGCAAUGCGCAGGCUACGUGAUCCCACCACUGCCGUCCAAGGUCGUGGGGAUGCUACAGGGAACUGGGUUUCUUGAGCAUCGCCGCGCUGGUCUCGAGCGCUUCCUACACAAACUGGUGAGCCACGACGAGCUUCGGAACUCUAAUUACGUUCACAGUUUUUUCGAGUGUUCCAUCGUAGAGCUCACUACGCUCAAGGCUGAGACACAGCGUGCCAACUCUCUCACUACCACGUCCUUGUCGUCUGUUGUGCAACGCACGCAGUUGCUUAACAAUUGGUGGAGCAAAACGUACCAGCGCAUGGUGGAGAAUGACGCGCUCAGCAUUUUUGGCUCGCGCAACAAUGGCGAGGAUGGAGAGAACUGCGGCAUGAUCGAGGAUCCAGAGUUUACGAAUGUUACGAAAUACGUGGCCAAGCUGAACGCGCAGAUGCAGUUGCUUAAGAGUAAGGUGCGCGCGGCCAGCCAGCAGAAUAAAUUGGCAGCCGGCACCCAUUGUGACCUCAUUGAGUGCCUUAACUGGGUAGCCGAUGCCGAGGAGGAAAACUCCGAGAUGCCCACGUCCUACUACAUUGCACUGCUGGCCGUGCUAGACACGCGUGCCCGCCAGAUGGACGCCGAGCUUGAAGCCUUCUCCUCCAGUAUCGACGACAUUGCCCGCUGGGUCAAAGCGGUGCAGAAUGCUCUGGACGUGCGUGAUGACCGCAGGUAUCUAUAUCAGGCACAGCUGGCUGCGCACCGGAAGGCAGUGAAUGGAGAUGGUCCCGACUCUCCUUCGGCCACCCGACUCAGCAAGGAGCUUGUUGCUGCCAAGGACGAGUUUGAGCGUGUGCACGCACGCGUGAUGCGCGAGGUGGCACGUUUUCGUGGACAGAAGGCGGUGGAGCUCAAGAAGCUGUUCCUGGAGUUUGCACAGCUGCAGCUGCGUAACUCGAAGAAGAUGGAGAUGAUCGUGACGCAGAGCACCACGGAGCUCGAGACUCCGCUGCCGGCCAAGCUUUUGUACGCCUCACAGACACCUGCAUCCUGUACAAGCUCGUUCAAGUGGCGUGACUCGUUUGGACUGGACAAGAACGACGUGAUUGGCACCACCAGGUCUACAUCUGACACACAGUCUCCCACAGGCAGUAGCACCGCUGACGCCACGAAGCCUGUCAAUGCGGUUACCGCGGAUAUCUACUCGGACACCCAUGUAUAA